AUUUUAAACAAUUGAAUAGUUAUAUUGUAUACUGUGUUACAUUCCCAGUUAGGGUGUAUUAUUUUUUAAAGAAUUAACCGAUUAUUAAUUAAUUUUACCUGUAGAUUUAACGCGUCUAUAAUGUGAAAGUUUAGAAUACCUUCUUAAUUUAUAUUGAUUUUUUAGAUUGUUGGUAUUUUGUUUUUGUUAUUUUCAGUUAUAUUUUUUUUAAAUUCAUCUUUAUAGUUAAAAUGUAUGCUCGAAGUAAAACGCCUAGCAUGGGUACACCUUCGGUGUACUCAAUACACGCCAGUCAUUUGACAAUACGGUCGUCCAACUUGCGGUCUACACGUUCUAUGAAGUCUUUGCGAGUGCCAUGGUAUCAACGACCGAUAUUGAAAGAUGCUUACUUCCUUGACACGCAAAGAGGCGCACUUGUUAUUGCUUUCUAUUCAUUCGUAAGAAUUCAAAGAUUAAUAUUAUUUAUUUAUAUAAUUUUCAUUAUUAUUAUGUAUAAUAUUGUGAACAUUUAUAUAUUAUAGUUUUUGAGUGUUUUUACUUUGGUUACGUCUGCGUUUGAUACAUAUUGUCUGGCAAUGGCUGCUCCUGGAUCUACUCAUUACGGAUACUAUGUCAUGAGUUAUCAGUUUGUGUAUGUUGGAAGUGCUUGGGGUAAAUAGAUAAAAUGUAUUCUAAUACAUAGAACGAUAAUUAUCAAUUAUUAAUUAAUUUAACAAUUGUUAUUAUGUCUCAGUGAGAAAUGUAUUGGUAUUGUUUUCGUUAUUUUCAUUUGUGGUGGCAGCUGUUAUUUUUGUAACUAGUUUGAUAUUGAUAUCUGCAUUACGUAAAGUAAGUACUUUAAUCUAUUCAAUUUGUUAUGAAUAAUAAUAAUAAUUAUCUUACAAUUUAAAACUUUCAGGAACACGAAAAACGGAUUGUCCCAUGGCUAUUUUCAUUUGCUGCAUUUACGGUUUUUCGAUUUUUUGCCUGGUUAUUUUCUUCGAUUGCCAAUGAUCCUAUAUUUGGAUACAACUUCACUAUGGCUUUAUUGGGCGCACUGUUUACAAUUAUAAAUAUAUAUGGUUGGAUACUUGUUUAUUCAUUGUACUUAGAAUUGUUUGAUUUGACCAAGCUUGAAGAUUUAGCACACUUGAGAGUAUGUAGUAUACCUCCUAUAUUUGUUUCUAUUAUGUGUAUAUUGUGUUUAUUAAUAUUUUGUUUUAGAUUGGAACUAUGGCUUCAUUGAAUGCAUCUACAACGCAUUCUUUAGCUGGAUCUCGUCCAACUACACCUCAUAGUACAGUCUCUACUGCACCUGUGUAAUACAUUAUAAUACAAUUGACAAAUCAAUCAGGUAUAUUUAGUAGGUAUUUUAUAAUUUUUAAUUACAUUUUUAUUAGUUAUAAGAUUUAAAUCAGUGGCAUUGACACAAGGUAAUCUUUUCCGUCCAUUUCGUGUUCAAAUGUACCAAAUUGUUAAUAAUUAAUUUUUAUUUUUGAUAUAUUUCAUAUAUAGUAUGUAUUUUAUUUUUAUAUUUUAAUUUAUCAUUAGUAUUAUUGUUAAUAUUAACACCUUUUUUUACGAACAAAAUGUUUUAUUAAUUUGUAUUGCACAAAUAACUAAUAAUAUACUCUACCAAAAUGUUAUUCUAAUUGUAAUUAAUAGUUAUUUAUCAUGUGAAAAAAUCAUAAAAUAACUCAUUAGUUAUUUUAUAAGAACAUUUUUUUAUAAUAUUUUAUUAAUGUAAACCAAAUUACUUUUUAUAAAGUUUUAAAUCAUAAUAAUUAUAUUUAUUGUAUGUAUGAUUAAUGUAUGUGUUAUUUGUAUAAUCAUAGAUUUUAUUAUACACAAGAUUAAAAUAUCUGUAAUAUAAUAUAUAACUAGGUAUUUUAUAAAAUAUCAGAUAUUUAAAGAUAAACUUCAGAGUUAAUGCAAAAAUAAAUUAGGGCUAUUCUCACCAACGUAAAAAAAGGUGUUUAUCUGAUUCUUAAACUAAGGUUAUGGUUGAUAACUGACCGUGAUUGGUCGAUUCUAUUAUAAACUUUAAAAAUCAACAUAUACAUUGGUGGUAACAGGCCUUAGUUUACUAGAUAUAUAAACUAAAUACUAAUUAAGCCGAUUAUUUUCAACAUUAGAUGCUAAAUAAAAUGAACAAAUAAAACAGAUUGUUUUGAAUAAAUU